CACGCACACACACACACACACACACAACCUCCCCUUCAGACAGGACGAGGGGGGGUGGAUGGGUGGGUUUCCCCAACUAUUUAAGCAGAUUCCAGCAGAUGGUUGAGGAACUUUCCUCCUGCAGACACGUUGCUGGUUUUCCCUGCAGCUCUGACUUUUCCCACAACAGGACCGGUUGGAUUCUUCUCUCAUCACCUUCACGUUUCCUUUCUUCAACUCCAGGAAAGUUUGCCCUCCACAGCUCGGUCACGCACCAAGCUCCUUCACAGAGUUGAAGACGGUGGAGCGAACCAUGCCCUCUGACUUCCUGACACCUUUCCUGGAACUGGAUGAGGAAUUCUGCAAGAGUUUCCGUGGCCUGGAUGCAGCAGACGGCCCUCCAGUCAGCCCAAAGGUUCUGGGCUUCCAGAGACGCCACUCGCUCUGUCCCGUGACGCUUCCCAACUCCAAGUUCAACAGCAGCAGCUCCGAGGCCUUGGAGUCGGCCUGCCGGGGGCUCAGCCUGGCCUCCAACCAGCAGUGGAACCGCGUGUUCCCGCGCUCCUCGCUCAGCCACAUCCCCUUCAGGGUGGACCGCUCCGUCAGCAUGAUCGAGGGGAACGUCGGUAGCUUGGGAACCAGAGAGGACAAAACGCCCGGCGUGUCUCCACCCCUGCUGCUGCCCCCACCGGGGCUGUGCCUCAGCAACACCUCCCUGGCCUCCCCCGUGCCCUCGUCUUCCCCCAGGCAGCUGGCACCGCCACCUCACAUCUCCAGUCGCUACAAGACCGAACUCUGCCGCACCUUUGAGGAGAGCGGGACCUGCAAGUACGGCGCCAAGUGCCAGUUUGCCCACGGCCUGGACGAGCUGAGGGGUCUCAGCAGGCACCCCAAGUACAAGACAGAGCCGUGCCGCACUUUCCACACGAUCGGCUUCUGUCCGUACGGCGCCCGCUGCCACUUCAUCCACAACGCAGACGAGGUGCACGCCGCCGGCGCCCCUGCGCCUCAGAGGCACAAGCUGAGGCCUCCUCUGUUGAGGCACAGCCUCAGCUUCGCAGGCUUCUCCUCUCCACACACUUUCCAACCUGUAGAGGAGUCUCACCCAUCCUCCCUCCUCUUCACACGGGCCUCCUCUGUCUCUCCCCCUCCCUCUUCCACGGGGAGCCCAGAGCUCCUGUCCCCCCUCGUCCCUGAGCCUGGUGCCCCGAAGCUCUGCCCCUAUCCCUUCUCCUCUGGCAUCAGCGAGCUUGCAGGCUCGCUGGCUCGCAAUUUCUACGCUGUGACUGACUGCAAGUGUUCAACAUCUGCCCUCCCGUCUAAAAAGCUCCCGCUGCACCUCCCUCAGCAGCCAGCCGCCCCCCUGAGCGGCUGCCUCGGCCUCCAGCGCUGCUCCUCGGCCGACUCCCUCUCUGAGGAGGGCUUUACGUCCUCCUGCUCCCUCAGCUCUUCUUCCAGCGACGCCGAGUCGCCGAGCUUCGAGGGCCGGCGCCUGCCCAUCUUCAGCCGCCUCUCCAUCUCAGACGAAUGAGAACAAGCUUUACUUGGCAGCUGAGGUUGAUCAGGGACAGACGCUCUAACGUUUUAUCCACAUGUGGCCCAAGCGGCGCUCACGGGGGAUUAAAACGUUAGACUUGCAGUUCCUUCCUGGAUCCAGCUGAGUAAACGUACUGAUCUUUGUGCAUAUUGCAUUUCUCAGCCAAGCAGCUGUAGCGCUGCUCCGCGUUUGUCCAGUUUUAGCCGACUCUUCCCGUUUUGUUGAUACCUUUAGCCUUUUUGUUUGAUGCCAUUGUUACUGCUGUAUACUGUUGUAUACCCAUGUUUUAGGGUAAUUCCUGCUUUGUGGAACGUUCUGUGUGAGAAUUCUGUGUACCCUGAUUUCUGAAGGAUUUUUACAUUAUUUUUUACUAAAAAAUAGGAUCCAUUUGAUGAUUUUUAUCCACAUUUUUUUGUUUUAUUCCUCUAAAAUCUGCAUGACUGGAAUGUUGAUCACGUUUAGGACUCUCCGCGUGCGUGUUGUUCAUCCAAGAGGGAGAUGUUUUGAUGCUCGUCAGCUGUCUGAAUGAUUAGUCGAUUGGCUGCACCCACAUGAUUGUAUUUGUCAGCUGUGAAGCAGCAAGAAUAGCACAAGUAGAGAAAGCCAGAGUCUCUAGUUACCAAAGUUCUCCUAACCUAGAGCUGCAGGAAACCCAUCCAGAGUGUAUGAUUAAUACCGUAGCCUAACACGUUUUAGAUCUAUUUAUUGCUUUUGUGCAUGUUUUUGGUUUGAUUUUGUGUUUUUGUGCAUUUUUGGAGGAAAAGAUGGCAGAACGCUUUACUUUUAUUUUGGGAUUCGUGUUUUCCAUCCAGAAGCUUUAAAUGCUUGAGGAGAGGAGGGAAAGUUAGGAGGAGGAAAAUCAUUUUGGCAUUCUGUGUUUAUGUUGCCUUAUCGGCUAACGGGCCUGGUGGGAAACGGGGCUCGCUUGGGUUUUACCGGCAGCCGGGAGGUGGGAAAACCCAACGAGUCCGCUCUCCUCUCCUUCAAGCCUCACAUUUCCUGAUUGUACAGAUUUUUUUUCCCAGCUCACACGGAGCAAGUCAUGGUGGAAGAGUGGUCCACGCCAUGAGUCAGCCGCUGCAGAUGGACGUGGAGGGUUUGGACCGCUCCAUCGCGUCACGGCGGUGUGGGCGUGUAGAAGUGGUAGCUACAUGACAAUGUGUUUGUAGAUGGACCUCUGUUGCACACCAGCUAGCUGGCAGCAGGCCAAAUCCAAACAGGAAGUUCCUCUUUUCUCUUGUAAUCGGCUCAACCUGCCUGGAGGAAGUCAGAGACGCUUCUAGUUGCUGCGGCUCGUUUGCGACUCGACGGCAAGAUGUUUUAAAUAACUUGUUAAAUUAAAGUCCUAUUUAUUGUGUUUGAUAGCCUAUAUUGUGUUUUUUCACGUAAUUUAAAUGCAUCCAUUGUUUACAUUCCAGCGGUUAUGUCGAUAACCUUUUUUUAUCUUAAUAUAUGUCAAUUUUUAUUUCAAAAUAAAAGUCUUUUGGAAAAAU